AUGUCGGCUGCGGAAGCGGAAGGUGUUUUCCACAGAGCUCGGGGCAGGACCCUGGACGCGUUUUCCUCAGAAAAGGAAAGGGAAUGGAAAGGCCCGUUCUACUUCAUCCAAGGUGCAGACCCACAGCUCGGACUGAUGAAGGCAUGGUCCACUGGGGACUGUGACAGCGGUGGCGACGAGUGGAAGCAGGAGAUCCAUCUGACUGAGCAAGCCGUCCAGGCUAUCAGCAGGCUGAGCCCCAAGCCCAAGUUCUUUGUUCUGUGCGGGGACCUCGUCCAUGCCAUGCCCGGGACGCCCUGGCGGAAGGAGCAGACGGAGGACCUGCAGCGGGUGCUCAGGACCGUGGACAGCGAGAUCCCACUGGUCCUUGUCAGCGGCAACCAUGACGUGGGCAAUGUCCCCACCCCCGAGACCAUCGCGGAGUUCCAGCGGACUUGGGGAGAUGACUAUUUCAGCUUCUGGGUUGGGGGCGUCCUGUUCCUCAUCCUCAACUCCCAGUUCUUAUACGAUGCCUCCAUGUGCCCUGCCUUGAAGCAGGCCCAGGACCAGUGGCUGGACCAGCAGCUGAGCAUCGCAGGGCAGCGGAAGUGCCAGCACGCCAUCGUCUUCCAGCACAUCCCGCUGUUCCUGCAGAGCAUCGACGAGGACGACAGCUACUUCAGCCUCACCAGGUUGGUGCGGAAGGAGAUGGCGGACAAGUUCUCCCGAGCAGGUAUCAAAGCUGUGUUCUCAGGCCACUACCACAGAAAUGCCGGGGGCACCUACAAGGACCUCGACAUGGUGGUAUCAUCUGCCAUCGGAUGCCAGCUGGGCAAAGACACCCAUGGGCUCCGAGUCGUGGUGGUCACCGCUGAGAAAAUCGUCCAUCGAUACUACAGUUUAGAUGACCUGAGUGAGAAGGGAAUAGAAGACGAUCUGAUGGAUUUGUUGAAGAAAAAAUGA